UCAAUUGGCUGUUAACCUUUUAACUGAAAGCGAGAGACGCGUAAUUUGACGCUGUGCUGUAUUUAAUUUUAUUACGGUUCGGAUCUCGCCGAAUACAAGAGUGUUCAAAGUUUUGAUAGAUCAUAGAUUUCAUUCUAGUAGGCAGUUUUCGGCCGAUCGCUCUACAAUAACAAAAAAUCUUUAUCAAUCGUAAUUGUUUUGUUAUCAACACAUAUUGUGAAUUUAAACCUUUGAUUAGUUCUGAAACUGUUAGAUAAAAAGGUAAACCAGCCUUAAUAUAGUAUUUUAUCUCACUUUUUGACUAUAAUCAGUUGAUAAUGAUUACCAAAAGUUAAAUUUUGUUAAGUGUGCUAGUAGUUUCUUGGGUUUAAUUUGAUGAAGAGUGUCUUAAUUGUUUUUUGCAAACUUAAAAUAAUUGUCUGAAGUGCCCGCCAACUCUUAAAUGUAAAGUGAUGUCAACGCGCAGCGGCUCGGCGGCGUUGCGGGCGCGGCGCGGGCACAAGGAGCGCAGCAAGAACUUCACCGAAUUGGAGAAGAGGACGGUGCUGGAGCUGAUAGCCAGGCACAGAGAUGUCUUGAGGCAGGGGAGGUCUAACAACGCGACUAACAGGAGCAAACAGCUGGUCUGGUCUACAAUCUGCUCAGAGGUCAACGCUCGCUGCGGCGGCGAGCGGCCGCGCACGCCGGCGCAAGUCAAGAUGUGGUACGAGAACUAUAAGAAGAAGUGCAAGAUGCGCGCGCAUGAUCAGCAACCAGCCCCCGAGCAGCCCGGCCUCCUAGACGGCAUGCUGUGGCAGAAUCUGCACCCGCUAGAUGUUAACGACGACGAAGGCGAGGCGGCCACGAGCGCGGAGGGCGCGCACAGCGUUAAAGACGACGACUGCAUACCUGUUAAUAUGUCAAACGGCCGCCUUUCCAGUACGAACGAUAGCGACGACACAAUGCCCAAUGUCCUCGAACCCCAAGUGCAGAUCAUCCCUCAAUCCUCCCCAACCCCUCCCCUAAAACACCCUCCCCUCCUCCCCUCCCACCUCAUGAUCACCAACCCCCUACAAGCCAUCGAGCAAGUCCGCUUGCACCAAAACCUCAACUAUUUGCACAAAUUGAACGAGCUCUCAAAUACACCAUUGAAUUUGAGCCAUCUGGAGAAUGAUGAAAGGAAGAACGGGCAAAGUCAUGACAGGAUGGACAGCGAGCAAGGGAAAAAUGAGUUUAACUCAGCAACGGAGGAGGAAAGGUUGUAUUAUACGGCUAAGAGGCAACAUGCAGUGUGGGAACACGAGGCCAAGAUGAAGAUUCUGAACAUGGAGUUAAGACAAAAGGAGGAGAUAUUUUCGUUGCAAAAGCAGCUGUUUCUGAUUGAGUUGAAGUUGAAAAUGGAUUUUUUGGAGAAGGCUAGUGCUAAGUAGGUUUGGUUUUUGGCUGUGUUGGCAACAUAUGUGAGGUUUUGAAUGUCACCGUAUAUGAUUUUUAAAUAAAAAUAUCAUCAUGACGGUGCAAAGAUAGUUUAUGGCGGAAAUCUGCUGAGAAUGUACGGUCAGGUGCAGAGAGACCUGACCCCCCUCUCAUAGUAACAAUGUUUCUGAGAGGGGUCAGGUCUUUCUGCCCUUUACUGUACAGUACAGUGUAUUGUACAGGCUGUUGCAAAAGAGGUAUAAUAAGCCGAAAGGGAGUGACUCCGUUCGUUAUUCUAAACAAGUUUAGUUAAGAGCCAUUGAAAAAUCUUGAGAAUUAUUCAUCCCUACUUUAGUUAAAAGGUGCGUGACCAACAAAGUUUCUGUGGAGAUGCAUAUAUUUUCGGCUUACUAUAGGUUUUUACCCGUUUUUUAACACUCUGCAUAGUAAUAAAGUUAUAAUAAAUGCGAGAAGUAGAGGGUUGGUUAUAUAAAAAGCCAAGACAUUCGUUAUCUAGUGUAAAAUGUGCCAUUUUAACUUUGAAGAAGUUACCAAAACUUUAGAUUUUUUUUAUUUAUCUAUGUUGAAACCCCCUCCAGAAGAUAGUUUUUUAAGUAAAUAAAACGAGUUGAUAUUACAUAGGUACAGGUUUAUAUUAUUAUGUUGGAUAGUUUUUAUAUAUUUUUGUUACGAAAAUAUGUUACUUGGCUCUCAAAGCGUCAGUUAUUUUUGUAAUGAUAUUAUUUGACAUAGUUUUAUUUUUGUAUUGAACUUUUUAAGUUAUCUUAAGAUGUGGCUUAUGUUAUGCAGCCUGUGUAUUUUGCAUAGUAUUACGUUUUUAUUUAUCUUGUUUUUGUUCUUUUACGGCAGCUGAUUUUUUAUUUUUUUUUAAAGUUAUUUAAAAAAACAAACUGCCAAGUAAAAUUUUAUAGGGCUGUUGAAUUUUAUCCAAUUUAACAACAAUUUAAGCGAGUAGGUUUUUAGUACUUAGAACAAUUUUACCAGUUUUAUUUAAAAGGUGUACUUUUGUCAUUUUUUUCUACGUAAAAAAAUCGCAUAAUGUCCUAGUGUAAGAAACAGAAGUCUUUGUCUCAAGUAAAAUAGUUUUACCGAUGUGAAUUCUGAAGGCAUAAAAAAUUACUGUCAUUAUAAAUGUUGCCCGUGUAAAAUAAAAUUUACGAUUCCUUUCAUAGACUAGGGGUGACUUGCACAACAGAGUUAAUAAAAAUUAAAUAGUUUGUCUCUUGCUCUGACAGUCUAAUAUCAAGCAAGAGGUCAUAGAUUUAAUUUUGAUUAACAUUGUUGUGCAAGUCGCCCUAGAUGUUUUAACAACUAAGAUUUUGACGGUUUAAGUUUAAAUUUCAGCCUUCAGAAUCGACACCAUUAUUACACAACAUACUCAGUGUUCUUUGCCAAUAAGAAAUGCAAUGUUAGUGCCAACGAUAUUAUGGAAAUGUUAUAGUUAUUACAUUUAUAAGAAUAUUUUGUUAUUUAUUCAUGAAAUUACGAGAAAAAUAUUAUUAUUAUUGUACCCUCAAAACAAAAUAGUUCAAAGUUUCUCAGUUUUUUUGGAUAUUUUUUUUUAAUUUUACGCACAAAACAUAUAUUCAGGACUAUCAAGAGUAAUGUUUGAGAUUAAAUUUUUUAUAUUUUUAGAUUAUUAACUAUUAAAUUUUAAACGGUUUUACCGAAAAAGUUGCCAUAUAAAGGGGUACAUUUAGUCUUUUUACGUGCCAAUAUUAAACAAAAAUGUCAAAAUAUUGAUUUAACUUGGUAAAAACACAAAAAAUGUGGGCUACACUUCUUUAUCUUAGUCUUUACUUGACCCAGUGAUAUACUGUUACAUAUUAUGGAUUGGCCAAAUGUUCAUAAUACAACUUAAAAAUGUUGUUUUUUUUCCACCUGAAAUGGUGAAAGAAGGCUUAUGAAACAUAAGUAGUCAUCACUUUGCGCGUCUCAACUUUUAAAGGGCUUUGCCAUGUAUCUUCCUCUUUUUACCCGACUGUCGAAGGAGGAGGGCAAUGUUUUUAUAUCAGAAUAUUAUUGUGUUUACCGAGAUUAAUCCUUAGUCUAAAUUAAUACGUAAUGGUGAAAUAGCAUUAGCUCCAGUUUAGAGUGAUUUAAGAAGAUUAAAGUAAUAAAAAGCAGUACAAAAUGUAAUAAAAAAUAUAUUACCUCAUUAUACACGGUGUAAUUUUAAACUAAUUACAUACAAUACAAUAAUAAUUAGAAAUUAUGUCUAGCGAUAUUAUAAUUAGGUAAAGUUUUGAAGACGAUAUAAGAUUUACAUAAUUCUUCGUAAAUAUAUUGUUUUUUUUUAUAACAUAGAAAAGAGUAUAGGCAAAAUGGCUUUACACGCCAUCUCGUAGAGAUUUUGAACAUUUAUCAUUGACUUGUAUUUCUACUGCGGAAAAAAUAUUUUAUGCUAACGCCAUCUAUUGUUAAAGUUUCGUUUAUUUCGAUGAGAAACACUGCUUGUCAAGUUAUUAUUUUAUUUAUGUAGAGGCUGUGGUAACAAGAGUCUUUGAAAUAAGGUAGAAAUUGUAAAAUAUAUUGUUGU